UCAGCACAACUCCCCAUCACGUCAGAGGCGGCUUCAUUAUUUAAGUUUGAAUCAAGUGGGGAGGAAAGUUUUAGCGACUGGGACUGUGUUGCCUAGCAGCUACUAGGCAGUGGGACCUGGUUAAUUUCCACAGAUUUUCGCCAAGUAUUUUAACGGAUAUUCUUUCUAUAUCAACUAUGCCCCAGACCGUGACUUUGAGCGGACCCUCACCUUGGGGUUUUCGACUGGUGGGAGGAAGGGAUUUUAGCACACCGUUAACAAUUUCAAGGGUAACACCGGGCAGCAAGGCUGCGCUGGGAGACCUGUGUCCUGGUGACACCAUCCUGGCCAUCAACGGUGACAGCACAGAGACCAUGACUCACAUGGAGGCCCAGAACCGGAUCAAGGCUUGUCUGGAGCAACUCACUCUGGCCAUCACCAGGUCAGGAGACAAAGUCUGGUCUCCAACGGUUAUUGAAGAGGGCAAGACAAGCCCGUACAUGGCCCCGCUGGAGGCUGACUCGCAGAACUUCCGUCCCAUCAGCAGUGGCUCCAACCGGAAGCCUUCGUACACCCCCGAGCCCCCGCAACUCAACCACGCCAACGGCAACGGGCACGGCAACGGCUACGGCAGACCCAGCAACGGGCAGUACAACAACCCGGCCAGCCUCUACGGCAGCAACGGCAGCAGCGGAGAGCGAGCCCUGCCUAAACAACUGGGAGGCCUCAGCCUCAGUGCCACGCACAGCCCAGAGCCGCCCAUGCAGUCCCCAGGGAGCCGGAACGGGUUCGAGGCGGCCGAGUCGGACGUCUACAAGAUGCUGCAGGACCCCGAGGAGCCCAUCAUGGCUCCCAAACAGUCGGGCUCCUUCAAAUACCUGCAGGGCAUCCUGGAGGCAGAGGACGGAGGUGUGUCUCCCACAGACAGAAUGAGAGGCCUGAGGUCUCCUGUCAGGUCUCCUGUCCCCAAGCUGGGCAGCCCCAUCCCCACCAGCAGCUCCAUGCCCCCCCUCCAGAAACUCCCCCAGUGCACCCGCUGCUGCAGCGGCAUCGUAGGCACCAUAGUGAAGGCCAGGGACAAGCUGUACCACCCCGACUGUUUCAUGUGUGACGACUGCGGCAUCAACCUCAAACAGAGGGGCUACUUCUUCAUCGAGGACAGCCUGUACUGCGAGAUCCACGCCAUGGCGCGCGUGCAGCCGCCCGAGGGCUACGACGUGGUGGCCGUCUACCCCAACUCGAAAGUGGAACUGGUCUGAGCGACGGAACGAGACCACCCGCCCCGCCCCGCCCGAUCUCUCCGGCCUUCUUAUUCCGUCCCCUCGUCCUCCCACACGCGCCUCUUUCCCCCAGAGAGGCGCUUGAUGCACAGUGGCAAAUUGGUUAAGAGCUUUGUGGCCUGUUGGAGGAACGUGUGGGAUGCCAUACCGUCACUACCGUAUGUAUCAGAUCCAGCUGUCGUCUUCCAAUUCGAUAGAUAACCUUUGAUUUUAUUUGCAGUUUUCAGUGGCUACUCAUUUCUCAUUUUCAAACAUAUGCUAGGAUGAAAUGCCAACUGUGAGAGGCGAACGGGAAGGUGUUUUAGGUCUGGUUUGACCUGUUCAUAUUUACACUACAGUCUGAUAUUAUCUGUCUGAUAAACAUUUAUUACAAGUUUUCACGCCUGCUGACAUUUUAGGGUCUUUUAUUCUACCAAAAACAGCCUAUUUGCUCAUAGCAUUUGUUUAGCCGACUGAUAUGUGAUAUUUCACGUGGGCCAACUCUGAGGUAAAUCCUGCUGGUAAAUGGGUCAAGAAAUAGACUUUCACCACUUCUCACUCGGUAGAAGACACCCGGAUCUUUAUGACAGCAUUCCUGUUUGAUACCAGACAGCUGCUGGUCUCUUCCACUGUGGAGGGAUUCUGGGACAGGAGACAAAGAUACGGAGGAUGUCUAAACCCAGCUCAAAGAUCUUCUAAGACGAACAUGUGGGAAUGAUAUUCAUUUGUAAAAGUUUUCUGGCACACUAUGUGCAGUGCAGUUCUUAUUGGCUGGCUAGCAUUUGGAAGGGUGAUAUUAUUUUCCAUGUAUGAGUUAAAAUAUCUAGUCUGCAGCCAGCUCCAGUAAUAUACUUCAACAUUUCCUGUGAGAGUGAAGCGGGGGGUGGUGAGGUGGGAGGUGUGGGGGACGGCAUUUAUGCGUUUUUGGAAGGUGACAGAAAUGAUCGUGCUGAGUGCCUAAAAAAGUAAUUACUUAAACAUGUGACCAUAUAUCUCAGCGUGGGGAAUAGCAAGCAGUGAUCUGAAGUGCUAAGAUGAAUUGUUUUGUAGAGUCUAGAGUCUUUUUUUAAACUACUUUUGAUUCAAAAAAUAGAAAAACACAAAUUGUCAGGGCUAAUUCUGGUUGUCCUCAGUGCUGGGACACUUCCCCAGUGUCUUUUGCUGUAAAUUUUAUGAAAUUUAUAUUGUCUUCAUGUUGGUUUUCUAAUUUCCUGAGUAUUGUACAUAUUCUUUUCAACAUGGCUGUCUUAACAAACAUAACAUGUCAGUCUUUCUUCACACACUCCUUGUCCUUCAAUAUUUGCCAUGUGCAGGCCCAGAACCCUCUUCAUGUCUUUAACUUAUUGUUUUAUCUUUGUUCUGGUUCCUCUACUCUUGUUUUUUUAAGGUAUAAUAAAGCGAGGAAUGUA